GGAGAGAUGAUAAGAGAGAUGGAAACGCGUCUCUCUAUGAGGCCCAUAUUCCAUUCAUCUCUCUACCGCUAUCUCUCUCUCCUCGAAAUCGAUCCGUAAACUCGCCGGAGGAGCAGGGAGAUUCAAUAAGACGAUGGCUCAGAGAACGGAGAAGGAAGAGACGGAGUUCAAAGUUCUCGACACCUUGACGACAACAACAACAACGACGCUAUGUACCAAUAACUGCGGCGUUACAGCGAAUCCUGCGACGAACAACAUGUGUCAGAAAUGUUUCAACGCAUCUCUUGUCUCGGCGGCCGCCGGUGUUGUUGAAUCAGGCUCGAUCUUGAAGAGAUCGGCGAGAUCUGUCAAUCUUCGGUCAUCGCCAGCUAAAGUCGUGAUUCGUACGAGAGAGAUCGAUGCGGUGAAGAGAGAUCAACAGAUCGUAAACCGAUGUUCUGGUUGUCGGAAGAAAGUUGGGUUGACCGGAUUCAGGUGCCGAUGCGGUGAGCUUUUCUGCUCCGAGCACCGUUACUCCGAUCGUCAUGAUUGCAGCUACGACUACAAAACCGCCGGUCGUGAGGCGAUCGCUAGGGAAAAUCCGGUGGUCAAGGCGGCGAAGAUGGUCAAAGUUUAAAUUAAAAUUCGAUCUCAACCGUUGAAAACUUGUGGUGGUUCAAAGCUCCGGUCUAUACGAUCGGAAGAGAUGGUCGGAGACAUCGAUUUGAAUUGGUGCUGUGUUGUAAAAGAAGAUUCCUCUGCUCAAUCAAAUCUGAACCUCGAAUUUUUAUUUUGUUUACGUUUUUCAUCUUUUAAUUUAUAUAUUAGUGAAUGAUUAUUAAUAUUAUUAUUGUGUGGCUUACGGAUUCAUGAAUUUGCUUCUUGAUCGUCGAGAAAUGUGUAUGUAGGAUAUGGUAGAAACGAAGGGGUUAAUUGGUAAUU